AAGCAUGCAGUUGACGUUUGACUUUCGAACGAAACUGUAGAUAAAAAAAAAAGUAAGCGCGUUCGUCAUACAUUUCGGCGGGAUUUUUGACAGUUCGAUUUUUUUACUGAAUUUUCUUUGUGAAUAUUUUUCGUGUGUGAUAAAAAAUGUUGACUAGUUAUCGUUUUUGAUAAAGUCAAAAUACUUUUAGCGUCGUAAUGAAAUAGUUGUGUUAAUAAGUGAAUGUGCUAUUGGAUUUUAAAAAUGAAGCUCACUCGGUGCUUAAUUGGAGCAAUUAUUUGCCUGUUUGCCAUGAUAGAUUUAGUAAAGCCGCUCUGCGUGUUAGAGUCAGAUUUUGGCUUCAAAAUAAACUGCGCUUUCAAAAAGUCCGGACUGUUUAGGGUACGAAACCUUGGAGGCAUCAAAGCUCAUGCUAGUUUAGGGUUCAGUCUUGGCGAUGAGCUCGGCUUCGACCAGUCACUAACCAACCAGGACCCGAGUAGACGGAGGUCAGUCAGUAUCAAGAAUGGAGCACCUAAUAUCCUUGUUGAUACUACCAAUCGACCGGCUGCUAAACAAGAGAAACGUGGCAAACAGAACCGAAUCAUGAUGCGCCCUGUCCCACCUUCAACGCGCCCAAACCAGGCCGCCAUGAACAAACUGUCCACUCUUCACAAACGCGUCUCCACUACAAUGCAACCUAUUAUUGUGUCUGGAUCGACCGCUCAAAACUUACCUAGACCUCAAUCAACUAUCACUAUGGCAAAGCCGAUGCCUAUGGGCGUCCCUCCCUUCAGGCCUCUUCCUCCCAAAGAAGAGACCCUCAAAGUACUGCCCAUAGCCACGAGAAAGACCUAUACACCUCUCCAAGUACCUCAACAAUCCUCCGGAACUUACGAAAGUGAGAAACAACCCAUUUUACACGAUAACGUAUCCAAAAUGGUCUCGCAAAUGAACCCUUACAAAUCCACUCAAACUAACAUUAAUCCAUUUGUUCCGAUGCCACAAGGCCUAUCUAUCAUACCCGCACCAAACUUCACACCUAACACCUAUAAUUCUGUUCCAAAUCCUGUUUCUAAUUUUGUAGACCCCGUGCCUCAACAAGUGCAGGAUAUAGCGUACUAUAACACGAAGAAGGUAGACGACUAUAACAGUAUCAGUGGUUACGCUGAUGAUACGACUUUGAAGCUUAACAAAGAAGAUAUAAAUGCCAAAAUUGCUGAAAUAGCGAAGGCUGGAAACAUUUCUAUGGAAGCGGUGGAAGCGGCUAUUGCGUUACGACAACAGCAAUUAUUGAACAAGUACGCUAAUAUCCCGGUACCAACAACCACAAGUACUACGACAACAACAGAAGCUCCCAUUGUGUUUGAAAUGCAAGCUGAACCGGAAAUUAUAGUGGCCCCUGCACCAUCGAAACCUAAGAGAAACCCCACAACAGGCAAAGUAAUGAACGCUCCAAGAGAAUACUAUCCCGUGGGCUACGAGAAGAAUUUCGACGAUCACUUCCAAUCUAAAGUCGAUUUACCGGACACCAACUUCCACUGUGGUGAUCAGAAGUACUUCCCUGGGUUAUAUGGUGAUGAAAACCUUGGAUGUAUGGUAUUCCACGUAUGCGCCUUAACAGACGACGGUCUAGUAAUGAAGUCCUUCCUUUGCCCGGAAUCCACUCUCUUCGACCAAACCAUUCUCAAGUGCAACUGGUGGUUCUAUGUAGACUGCAAGAAUACACAAGCGCUAUACGAUACGAAUAUACCGGUGUCCAAGAGUUAUCAACUUAUGAAGGCUUUGACGUUCUUCAGCUCGUAUAAAAAGGAGAUGGAGGAUGGUCGACCCAUGAACCCAGAAGACGUCGGCGGUAUCAAAGACGCAAUAUCAAUCCUUGAAAAUCAUGACUCCAAACCGGCUGAAUCAGAAAAGAUAGAAAUAGUAACCCCUUCACCUUUGAUAGACGAAAGAAAUAACAAGAAAGCAGAAAUAGCCCCAGUAUACCGUGGAAAUAGAGAACUAAAUUCCACAGAAAGAAGAAGAAGACCACAGAAAUCAGAAGAAUAUAAACUUAUAACUGUCAAUGCGGGUAUUAACUUUAAUAACACAAAGAAUUCAGAAAGAAGAAGAAUCGCUGCAAGAAAUUCUAGAACUUCCACAACUUCUACAACAACUUCAACAACAACUUCAACAACAACCUCAACAACGACAACAGAAAAUCCAAUAGAAAUAGAAAAACAAGAAAUCAAAACGAUCGACGAAAUCAAAGACGCAAAAGAGACUCUAACAGACCAAAUAGACCCAGAAACAGUAUUAAAAGAAGCCGAAAAAUCUCCUCCCGUACGAAGAUUUUAUAGAUCUAGUGCGGAAAAAGAAAUAGCUAUAAUAAAUAAUGAAAAAGUGCAAAUUGUUCGACCUACGCCUUUUCAAACUAAAUUAAAUGAUGCAGUUUUAGGAAGUUAUAGAUUUAGGAGGGAUAUAUCGAGAGUGUACCGGUAGUGCGUGUAGUCAAUAAUCUAUUUAGUGUCAUAUGAACUUAUUUAUUUCUUCGAGAGCCUGUUGUGUUGUGUCAUCGACUAUUUCUAUUAAUAAUAGAUAUUUUAGUAAAAAAGUAAUGCAUUUUUCAAUUCUUAUGAAAUAUUUCUUGUUAGGUGUUUUGGUCUAGUUAUAGACAAUGAAAAUUAUCAUAAUUAUCAGAAAUGAACUUUUGUUUUUAAAGGGAAACUUCUUUAGGCGCGUUGAGAGUAAAGUUUCAAGGUCAUGUUAUGGCAAUCAAUCGUCACGUCAUGAAAUAAGGCGACUAUUUUAGUACCUUUGAAUCUUGUCAAAGAAGUUUCACUUCUGACAUGUGUGCUCGGCACAUGCUCUUUUUUAAUUAUACUACGUUAUUUCUAUAUUAUAAAUAAGGAAUGCUGUAAUAUAGUUAUGUAGAAUUGAGUUUAAAUAAUUACCCAACUCUGCCUUUUGUAUCUUUUCGUUGAGUAAAAAAUUGUCUUUGUUAUCAAUUAGUUUAACAAGACCCAUCAAAGGCUGAAUUUUCUACAUCAACAAGCAUUUAUGUAUAUCUAUUAUAUAAAGAAUCUUCUAGAAAUUCUUCGAUGACACAAAAUUGAAAAUAUAAACAACUGGCUCCUCGACUAUUGAGACUCGAAUCAAAUGUACUGAUUUACGUAGUUGCUCAAUUUUUUUAUACUUUAGUUGAGGUUCAGUCAAGUGAUAUUACGGUGUAUGUUUUAGUUGUUAGAAUAAAAACUUGUUUCCUAA